AUGACCAACUGUGUCAGCAGAAACCCUGCUGUUCCUGCAAUCGAGGUGUCCUCUGCCUGGGGAAUGUUCCUGCUUCUCAUAGGUUUCCAGUUCCUAGUGAUUCACAGCUGGACUUCUGAAGAAUUAAGGAAGAAUGAUGACCAAAAAGUCAUGGGCAGUUAUUUCCCUGCCACUGUGGAGUAUGCCUUACACAUAUUCAACCUAAAGAGCAAGGACAUGAAUGCCUAUAAGCUGGUGCGCAUCCAGAAUUCCUGGAAGGAGCAGGUAGAGACCAUGAUGGCUUUCUCCAUGAAGCUGGAACUUCGCAGGACCAAGUGUGGGAAAUUUGAUGAUGACAUUGACAACUGUCCCUUUCAACAAAGCCCAGAGCUGAACAACACCUUCACCUGCUUCUUCACCAUCAGCACCAAUCCCUGGAGAACAAUGUUCAAACUCCUAAACAAGACCUGCCUGGAAGGGAUCUACUAA